AUGGAAGAAAAUACCGAAAAAUGUCCAUUGUGCACAGACAAGCGAAAAAACUCUUCUCUUUAUGACACAUGGCUUCAGUGUGAUGCCUGUUCGACAUGGUAUCAUGCCGAAUGUCUGGGUUUGUCUCUUGAAGAAUGCAACAUCAUUGAACGUUACCAUUGCUUAGGAUGUACAGCUGCUUCUGGUCCAACUACAUACAAAAAGAAACCUCGAAAGACAAGUCGAAGUCAUGCCCGUCUCAAUUAUGCAGAUUUGAAUGAAGGAAAGACCGGCGACGAAAAGAUCUGGGGCAAGAUAUUAAGGGCAAAAUCAUUUGCAAAUGAUCCUUUUAAGCGCUACAAAGGAGACGAGGUCACAGUUGAACUUGCGCGAAAGACAGGAAUGACAGAACCCUUUGUGAUUGAAGAUGUCGAAUUUUUGGAUAUGAAAAUGCCUGAUAGUAGUAUUACUGUCAAUGAUAUUGCAAAAGCUGUUGGUGAAGAUCAACCAGUGGAAGUCAUUGAUGUUGGAACUCAAUCUGAACAACCUGGUUGGACGGUUGGAAGAUGGGCAGCUUAUUACCACAGCCCUACAAGAGAUAGGAUAAGAAAUGUCAUCAGUCUUGAGAUCAGUAACACUGAAUUCGCCCGUGGAAUUACACGACCAAAAUUUGUUCGUGAUAUGGAUUGGAUUGAUCACAUGUGGCCAAGUGAAUUGAAACCAAAAGAAUACCCAAAGGUUCAGCUCUAUUGUUUGAUGGGAACCAAGGACUCUUACACAGACUUUCAUAUUGAUUUUGGAGGAACUUCUGUAUUUUAUCACAUAAUCAGUGGUUCCAAAGUGUUUUAUUUUAUUGAACCUACAUCAAAGAACCUCAAAAAAUACCAAAAAUGGAGCUCAUCUCCAGAUCAAAGUUCCACAUUUCUUGGUGAUCAAGUCAAGCAAUGUUAUGCAGUACAUCUCAAGGCAGGAAAUACAAUGAUUAUCCCAACUGGCUGGAUUCAUGCUGUCUACACUCCCGAAGAUGCUAUAGUCAUUGGCGGAAACUUCUUGCAUGGAAUCAAUAUCACCACCCAACUGAAAAUUUAUGAAAUUGAAGAUGCGACAAAUGUGCCACAAAAGUUCCGUUUCCCUUUUUAUAAGCGUAUCAAUUGGUACGCUGCACACAAUUAUAACAAGACUCUUCAAGAUACUCCUGAAAAACUUUCUCCAUUUGAGCUACAGGGUAUCGCCAGCCUUGCUCAAUUCUUGCAAGAAGAUCUCAACAAACUACAAAAGACAUCUAGUGCGACAAACGAACAACGCAAGGCUGUUAGGGCAGAUAUACCAGCCCUUAUCUCUGAUGGAGUUGAGCUAAUUAGUAGCCUUAUGAAAGGUCUUCAGAAUGCUUUCCGUAUUUUAACUCAGUCUACCAUCACGGGCACGGGAAAUGGAACUAGCGGUGGUGCUGGCACCGAGACAAAAGAUUCAAAGGUUCUCAAAGUCAAACUCAAAGUAAAUCCGGCCAACCCUAGUCCUUCAGUGUUAGAAUCUUACCAUAGUAAAAAGAGUGAUCACAAAACAAAAAAGGCAACAAAAGCAACAAAAGCGAAUAAGCAACAUCAAAAGAUAGUUUUGAAAGUCAAACCAAAGAAAGACAAAGUACAAGAGGAAGUGGAUGAAUCUAUUGAGGAGAGCGACGAAGAGUACGUAGACAAUGAGCUAGAGUUCUUUGGGGAUCUCAAAGAAGAAGAAGAAGACGAUGCUGAUGAGGAAGAGGUACUAGAAAGCGGCGACGAGGAGUAUGUGGAAAACUAUAAGGAUAGUCCCAAAACAAACGCACGAAAGAGAAAACAAACCGCCAAUCCGUCAACUCCUCGAAAGCCAAGAAAGAAUCCAAUUCCCAAAAAAAGCAAAAUCGAGGUCGAAGAAAGUAGCAGUGACGAUGAGCUGGGCACACAAAAGUCUAACAGAUCAGGCAGAGCAACGGAUUCUUUCAUGAGUGGACCAGGUGGGGGUUAUGGAAUACAAAGUAAAAAAACUCAAACAUCGACCGUAAAGCAACGACUUCUUGAACGUAUCGAUAGAGUUAAACGUUAGUUUAGUCCGUAUUUUUUUUUUAUAUCUUUCGACUAUUUCUUUUCUUUUUUGUUUUUCUUUUGUUGUUGUCGUCAUUGUUGAUGUUGAUGUUGAUGUUGAUGUUAAUGAUAAUAAUUUUAAUU